AAAAAAAGAGAAACAAAGAUAGGCAGCCAUGGAUGUUCUCAGAGCUUCUUCUGCCAUUGUUUCUUCACCAUACUUUCCAACAGCAACAAUCAACGAAACCCAGUUUACUAUUCCUUUGUUUCAGAAUUUUCUGUUAAAACCUCGACUUAAUUCAUCUUUCACACCACUUCAUAGAAACAUAUCAAAAUCCAGGUUGUUUACCACCUUGUCAUCAUCCCCAGCAUCAACAGAACCCAUGGAGCCACCUCAGCCUGAAGUUGAGGCUGACAGUGAGCAAGGAAAAUUUGAUUGGUACUCUCAUUGGUACCCAGUUAUGCCAGUAUGUGAUAUGGAUAAGAGGGUGCCACAUGCAAAAAAGGUGUUGGGACUUGAUCUGGUGGUGUGGUGGGAUAGGAAUGAGAAUGAGUGGAAAGUGUUUGAUGAUACUUGCCCUCAUAGGUUGGCUCCUUUGUCUGAGGGAAGAAUUGAUCAAUGGGGGAGGUUGCAAUGUGUAUACCAUGGUUGGUGCUUCAGUGGCUCUGGUGACUGCAAAUUCAUUCCUCAAGCUCCCUCAGAUGGCCCUCCGGUCCACACCUUCAAGAAAACAUGUGUGGCUGUUUAUCCAAGCACCGUGCAGCAUGAAAUUGUGUGGUUUUGGCCAAAUGCUGAUCCUCAAUACAAAGACAUUAUUAUGAAGAAAAAGCCCCCUUACAUUCCAGUAUUGGAUGAUCCUUCAUUUACAAAGUCGAUGGGAAACAGAGAUAUUCCUUAUGGGUAUGAGGUCUUGAUUGAAAAUCUUAUGGAUCCUGCUCAUGUUCCAUAUGCACAUUAUGGACUAAUGCGAACUCAGAGCCCCAAAAUGAAGGCUGACAGAGAAGGGGGCAGACCACUUGAGAUGAGCGUCAAGAAGUUUGAUGUAAAUGGUUUCACCGGAAAACAGGAGUGGGCCAGUAAUAUCUUUAUUGCACCUUGCAUCUUUCAUGCUUUUACUGAUUCUGUCGUUGGUCAAGGAAAUGGAUCUGAAACAUCAGCUGAAACCAAAAAGGCAUCACCACCAAAUCGGAAACUUUCUUUAAUUUUUAUUUGUGUUCCAGUUAGUCCGGGUAAUAGCAGAUUGAUUUGGACCUUCCCAAGAAACUUUGGUGUUUGGAUUGAUAAAAUUGUUCCACGAUGGAUGUUUCACAUUGGACAAAACCUUAUUCUUGAUUCUGACUUGUAUCUUCUUCAUGUUGAGGAGCGUAAGAUAAUGGAUAUUGGGGCUACCAAUUGGCAAAAAGCUUGUUUUGUGCCUACAAAGUCAGAUGCCUUAGUGGUUGGUUUCAGAAGGUGGUUAAACAAGUAUGCUGACAGUAAGAUUGAUUGGAGAGGGAAGUUUAGUGGAGCUCUUCCUCCAUCCCCUCCUAGAGAACAGCUGAUGGACAGGUAUUGGUCUCAUGUGGUGAACUGCAAGAGUUGCAAUACUGCAUAUAAGGGUCUCAAAGCACUUGAAGUUGUGAUGCAAGUCAUAUCCAUUAUUUCUAUUGGGAUUGUUGCCGCAGCAAAGCAGGAUGUGAUGUCAAUGGUCGCUAGAACAACAGUGGUUUCGAUGGCAAUCAUAUGCUUUGCAGCUUCAAGAUGGUUGGCUCACUUCAUCUACAAGAAUUUCCAUUUCCAUGACUAUAACCAUGCCUUCCGCUGAGAUUAGUGAUUCCCCAUUAUUUGGUACUGUGGAAUGUGAUGUGAAUAUGACAUCCUUUACCCCGCAUGUGAGGUUAAGCUAAUUGAACGCUUGUAUAGACCUUGUAGGCAACCAUAUUUACUAGCAGUUUCAGAACCACAGUUCAGAGACCUUAGUUGUUGCCUUCAUCUUAAAGUAAACAUCUGUUAGAAAAAGAGAUCGAUAUAUAUUUGGGUUUUGAAUUGCUUUAUCAAGCAAACUUAAAGGAAAAGAAAAGCCAAGCAUAAAGCCAAAAUGCUAGAUCCUAUUAUGUUGGGAGCUGACAGCUGAGCCGACUGCCUGUUAUUGCUGCAGAGGAGAUAUUUGGAACAGUGGGUUAAACAUGAAUUUCUGUAAUCAGAAUAAGUUGCUCAAGGAAAAUUGUAGGUUUAGAAUUGCAUACUCAAAUGCAAAUAUGAAUUCCAAGAUAAUAUAUAUAUAUAUAUAUAUACACACACACACACACGGGUGUUUGUUACAAGAACUUUUAAGGAUCUAUUUCUUGAUCUACUCUUGAAUUGUUUCUUGGUCGUUAUAGUGCAUAUAGCAAU